AUGAAUUUAAACGUUGCAACUGACGGCGCUUUAAUGGACAAACCUUAUGAAGACGCCUAUCAACUCAUUGAAAACAUGGUACAAAACCAUUUCCAAUGGGGAGGUGAGAGAACUUCUACAGUAAAACCAACUACGAAGAACGGAAUGCACGAAGUCAAUGGCAUAGACCACAUCAAUGCUAAAGUGGAUGCUCUUACUCAAAAGAUUGAGAACUUAACCGUAACCCCGACAACUGUUGUAGCUGUUGUGGCACCCAACUGUGAAUUAUGCGGAACCCCUGGGCAUACUAAUGCUGAAUGUCAAUUAUUGGCUGGUAUUCCUACCGACCAAGUAAACUACGCCCAAGGAAACCCAUAUUCCAACAUCUACAAUCCUGGCAGGAGAAAUCAUCCAAACUUUUCUUAUAAAAACAACAAUGCUUUGUUUGCACCAAACCUAGCACCUGUUGUACCUCCAGGUUAUCAGAAAGCAGCCCCCACUGCUCCACAAGCACCUAGAAAGUCAAAUCUCGAACUCAUGAUAGAAAACUUUAUGAACGUCUAA